CGAGAUUAUCUUCCAUGUAAAAAGUCGAUUUACAGUAAAAUAUCAUUUAGUUUCAGUAAUUUAAUUAUUUAAACUAUUCACAAUAAAUAUGUCAAUAGAGAACCGAAUCGAACAACAAAAAUUGCUUACAGGUAGUAAUAUAGUAAAUUUGUGUGCGUGUUGCGGUCGUCAGGCUUGGAGUGAUUAUUAUGGAAAUUUUGCUUGUAAAACUUGUAUAGAAUUUUUCAUAACCUGCAUUCGAGAGAGGAAAGCCUGUGAGUGUCAAAGGAGGGACGAUCUGUGCCAAAUUUCAAAUGAUCCACAGUCUAGAUGUAAUUUUUGCUAUUUGCAACGUAUAUAUAAUGCAGGAUUAAAGCCAAAAAUGUACGGAAGACACGAAAAUGGAUGGUAUAUGAAAGACAUAAUUCCUUCUCUAAUUAAAAUACCGGCGCAACAUUUAAAUCUUUCUCUAGAUCGUCAUAAAAAAGAAAAUAACAUGAUGAAAACAUUUCACUUCGGGUUACUUCUAUAUUUCAGAUUUUGGUUGAUACGGCAUUGGCCUUUUGUAGAUCUGAGCAGGAUGCCUCGUGUAAUCGCAUCUGGUAUGACAUUCAGAGGAAAGUUAAUGGGUGCCGUUGCAAAUUCAUUUCAUGCUCACGAUGUUCUUAAAUGCGGCUAUCAAUACUUCGAUCCUUAUAAAUGUUGUGUCAUGGAGCAUCAGAAUUUCUCAACUACUUGUAUAUAUACAAUACGUCACUUUCUUAAUUGUUCUGAAGAUGGUAUUCCUACAGUAAAACAAGAAAGCGACUUCGUUUUUAGGAGCGUCUUGCCUCCAUCAAGUUGAAGAAUGUUGUUGCAAAUUUAUCUUAUUACUUCUAAAACAUAACAUAUAAUAUAGAAAACUCCUUUUUCUCUUUUCAAACGUGUGAGGUUAAAGACUUC